AUGACUACUCGAAGAGCUUUUGAUAGAAAGACUGAGGGAGAAAAUGAAGGUCAAGGAGCUCCUCCCCAAACUUUGGUUGACCCUUUGGCUGAGCAAGUGACUAAUGUGGUGUUUAGGACUGCUUUUCAAGUGUUGGAUCAAGCUGUGACGGCCCAAGUCGACAGGCAGGUUGUGAACCAUAUGAACCCAAAGUGGGCAAAAGUGCUUGAGUUCAUUAAUCUUCGACAAGGAAAUAUGAUUGUGAAGGAAUAUGCUUUGAGGUUUACUCAAUUGUUGAAAUAUGCUCCUUCUAUAGUUGCCGACUCUAGGGCAAGGAUAAGCAAGUUCAUUUUGGGUUUGUCCGGAUUGGUAGUGAAAGAGUGUCGUUGGGCUAUGCUUUUCCAUAACAUGGAAAUUGCUCGUCUUUUGACUCAUGCCCAAACUAUUGAAGAGGAGAAACUUAAGGAAAGAUCUAGGCAGAACAAGAGGUUUAGAAAUGGUGAUGAUUUCGUCGGGGAACCAGUCUGCGACGCGCAGGUGUUCCCACAAGUUUCUGGAAAUUAA